UGUCGGCCUGCGAAAAGUUGGCGAAAAGUUUACCUGAUACAUAUUUGAUUUUUGUGUGAUUGAUUUUGAAUUACUACCUACAUUUUUUAAAAUAUUUUCUUUUGCAUUCUAGUUAAACAAACAAUAUGUCUUUUUUCGAGGAUACUCUUAUAAUUUUAAUAUCUCAGACAUUCUUCUUUGUUGGAGGCUGGAUAUUCUUUGUGAAGCAACUGUUCAGAGACUAUGAGGUUCAUCAUACAUUAGUUCAGCUGAUAUUCUCAGUGACUUUCGCAUUGAGUUGUACCAUGUUUGAGCUCAUCAUAUUUGAAAUCAUUGGUUAUUUGGAUUCCAGUUCUCGAUAUUUCCAUUGGAAUUUGGGCCUUUACUCCUUGCUGUUCAUGGUAAUAGCUCUGAUACCAUUCUACAUUGCAUACUUCUGCAUCAGCAACAUCCGAUUUGUGUCUCACAAUGUAAUAAGACCGCUGACAAUAUUUGUGUGGUUCAUAUAUCUUUACUUUUUCUGGAAGAUUGGGGACCCGUUUCCCAUUUUGAGUCCAAAACAGGGUAUAUUUUCUAUAGAACAAGGCGUGUCCCGUAUAGGAGUAAUAGGGGUGACUGUGAUGGCAUUACUGUCGGGGUUCGGUGCCGUCAAUUACCCCUACACGUCCAUGGCAAUAUUUAUAAGACCGGUGACUCAAUCGGAUGUUCUAUCAAUAGAGAAGAAACUACUCCAGACUAUGGACAUGAUAUUGGUGAAAAAGAAAAGGAUAGCACUAGCCGAGGCGAACAGUGGAGCGAGACAGCAAUACAGUAUGAUGGACCAAUCGAACGUGAAGAAUAGGGGCGGGUUUUGGUCCAACAUUUUGUCCAGUGUUGGCAAUAUUGCCAAUCCCCUUGGACAUGGUACUGAGAACAUAACCCAGCUACGCCAAGAGAUAGCCGGUCUAGAAGAAUUGAGCAGACAGCUGUUUUUGGAAGCUCACGACGCUCGCACCAUGAGAGAGAAGAUAGAAUGGUCGAACACAUUCCAAGGGAGAUACUUCAACUUCUUGGGGUAUUUCUUCUCGUUGUACUGCAUAUGGAAGAUAUUUAUUUCCACAAUAAACAUAGUGUUCGACAGAGUCGGCAAGAAGGAUCCAGUGACUCGCGGACUCGAACUGGUGGUCCACUGGUUGGGAUUCCGGCUGGACGUGGCGUUCUGGUCGCAACACGUCUCAUUCAUAUUAGUGGGUUGCAUUGUGCUCACUAGUAUACGUGGGUUGCUGCUAACUCUUACCAAGUUCUUCUACAAGAUCUCAUCGUCGAAGUCAUCUAAUAUCAUCGUGCUGAUUCUAGCCCAAAUAAUGGGUAUGUAUUUCUGUUCGUCUGUUCUCCUCAUGCGCAUGAACAUGCCCCCAGAAUACAGGAUCAUUAUAACGCAAGUAUUGGGAGAUUUACAAUUCAACUUCUACCAUCGAUGGUUUGACGUCAUAUUUCUAGUGAGCGCUCUAACUAGUAUAUUUACACUUUACCUUGCGCAUAAGCAACCCUCUGUAAGUUAGCCAGAGUUUAAUUUUAAGUUUUAGUAUAUAAGAGGUUGUCAGUUUGUAAAAAAAAUUAACUUAAUGCAUCGAAUCGAAUGAAAAGUAGGUAGGUUAAUGAAGAAUUCGUUUUUUUUUAAUCUUACAGUUGACUUUUUUCAGCUAUUGUAAUUAUAUAUUUUUUCAUGUUUAUGCACAAAAUAAACGUUUAAAAAUUAAACUUUAUAAUGACUUGAUGAGUUUUACGCACAAUAUAAGUGCCUAUUUUCAGGAGUACAAUUUUGAAGAUGCUUAAGAUUUAAGUAGAUGUAAAAUUAGAAAAGGGCCGUUCGCGCAAUUUACGGCUUAGGACCAAGAGACUCGUUAAGACAACUCUUUAAGAAAAUAAACAUACCUACAGUAGCGUCCCAGUACAUUUUUGAUCUUAUAAUGUAUGUUAGGAAAAAUACCUCUUUUUUUCAAAAAGUUAGUGCCACAACUGAUAGAAAUUUACGUAAUAAACAUAAAUUAGUCAUGCCGUUUCAUAGGCUUAGCAAAGUCAGUAAAUCAUUUAUGGGGAACUGUAGGUAUACGAUUUAUAAUAGGUUGCCGGAGUCUGUUCUUGAUAUGCCCAACCGAAAAUUCAAAGAUUAUAUAAAGAAAGUACUUUGUGAGAAGGCUUAUUAUAGGACUGAUGAUUACCUUAAUGAUUAAAACAUCUGGCUCGAGCUUGGCACAGGAACCUCUUAAUUAAUUGUAGUUUGAUUUGAACUUAAAUCAAAAUUCAGUACAUAAAUCUUUUUAAAAUUGGCAAUCCAUAAUAUAUAGAUUUUUUUUUCUUUUUUCAAUAUUCAAUCUCGUAUAUAAAUCUGAACAUUGUAUUCUCUCGUCCACAUUCUAUUCUAAGUUUAAUUAAUAUUGUUAAGUUGACGUUGUUGAAGAAAAUGCUGCAGUGCAGUUUGCUACCGCUUCUUCUGCACUGACGCCUUGGAAGCGGCAGUAAACUUAGUUUAUAAGUAAUUUAUUUGACGUCAACCAAUGUUGUUAAACCAUACGUUUUGACAAUUAUUAAGCGAUAUAUAGUAUCCUAUAAUAA